AUGGCUGUGUUUAACAUGGAGAACCAGCAAGGACCUGCUGGCCAGCCCAGGGAACUCUGCUCAAUACCCUGUAAUAACCUGAUGGUCCCCAGGGGGAAGGAUGGGGGAGGGACAGUCAGGGAGUCUGGGAUGGACAUGGACACACGGCUGUGUUUAACAUGGAGAACCAGCAAGGACCUGCUGGCCAGCCCAGGGAACUCUGCUCAGUACUCUGUGAUAACCUUAUGGUCCCCAGGGGGAAGGAUGGGGGAAGGGACAGUCAGGGAGUCUGGGAUGGACAUGGACACGCUGCUGUAUUUAACAUGGAGAACCAGCAAGGACCUGCUGGCCAGCUCAGGGAACUCUGCUCAAUACUCUGUGAUAACCUUAUGGUCACUAGGGGGAAGGAUGGGGGGAAGGACAGUCAGGGAGUCUGGGAUGGACGUGGACACGCUGCUGUGUUUAACAUGGAGAACCAGCAAGGACCUGCUGUCCAGCCCAGGGAACCCUGCUCAGUAUCUUAUACUAACCCAUAAUGGAAAAGGAUAUGAAAAAAAGAUGCAUACAUGCACAUUUGUAUAA